AUGUAUUUAUUAUCUCUUUUGCAGCCUUUGGGAGGGGUUAGGGUUUGCUACUUAUUGGAAGUUAGUUAUAGUGGGAGCUGCGUUGCCAAUUGGAAGUACAAUAUAUUCUAUUCGAAGAGUAUAAAGAGAGUUGGGGAUGACUUGGGUUUUUUCAUUGAUCUCAAGUUCAUGAGGCAGAAGAUGGAGAUUAAGGGCAGAGUGUUUGGAGUUUGUUUAGGUCUUGCUGUUUUUUUGAGCAUGUGUUUGGUUGAUGGGCUCGAAGAUUCUGAUGCAAUAGAUGGUGGCAUUAAUGCCGGGUUUAAUAAUGCCACUGCUGCUGCUAUCCCCAAGCUGACUGCUUCAUCUGAUGAAGUUUUAGUCAAAAGCAAUAACAAUCAAAAUGGAGGUGGAAAUGGAGGAGGAGGUGGUGGUGGAGGAGGUGGAGGUGGAGGUGGAGGUGGAAAUGGUGGUCAAGGUGGGGGAAGUGGUGGCGGAGCAGGUGGUGGGAAUGGUGGAGCUAGUGGAGAUGGAAGAGGUAAAGGAAAAGGUAAAGACCACAAAAGAAAAGGAAAUGGUAGAGGAAGAGGAAGAGGUAGCGGUGGUGGUGGCGGCGGCGGUGGAGGUGGUGGCGGUGGAGGGAAUGGCAAAGGCCAUGGAUGGGGUGGAGGAAGUGGUGGUGGUGGAGGUGGUGGUGGUGGUAGUGGUGGAGGAGGAGGUGGUGGGGGAGGAGGCAGUGGAAGUGGAGGAGGCGGUGGCGGUGGUGGUGGUCAAGGUGGAGGUUGGGGUUGGGGAGGAGGAGGCGGCAGUGGAGGCAACAACAAGGGUUGUUGGGCUUGGGGAUGUGGUGGCCAUCCAAAAGCAAUUGGAGGAAGGAAAGACAGUCCUUAG